AUGCCCAUGGUCCACAUGAGGAGGCGCUUCGAAUACGUUGUGAAGCGGUCCCAAUGCGGAGCUAUCGCCAAUGUCGCUGCUUCAGUAAGUGUGGCCUUCUUCACUAUUCUGCCCCUUCAUGUGCACAGAAAGGGAACAGCAGUCGGGAUUAGCGCCAAUUGGAUCUUCAACUUUCUUGUGGGCAUGGCUAGACCCAUACUAUUCAACAGUCUAGCCUGGAAGGGCUAUCUAAUCUUUAUGUGUCUAAACUUCUCGUUCGUACCUCUGAUCGUACCGGUUCGAUCACUAGCUUCGCCCGCAGAUAAUGUAUCACCAUUUACGAUCCUACAACGCCUGCAAUGUCUUGAGCGAGCCCAUCCAUUGUACAAACCAAGCCAUUUCCAGGAUUGCGACAGCCUAUUGUAG